AUGUCGAACUCUGAACGUCUUGAUCUAACAAUCGACGUACUUGGAACCCAAGUUCCGGAAAGAAGCCCAACUAUCAAAUGGACAGAUGGCCAUAUCACGGUUCUUCCGGCAAUUUACAAUGAUUCAAAUAUCAAUCUGUGCGACGAAGUCGACAUUCCCUUAAUCAAAUUCAUGGCGCAAUGUCCUACGUCGAAUGCCUGUUCCAUCCGCGUAUCCCAUAUGAGAAACGAGGACCUCUCCGCUCCAAAUAUCCUCAACGCCAUCGCGGACAGCCUUUCCAUGAAUAAGUGCGUAGUAAUCACCGGUGUCCCACAUAAAUCUUCACGAGGGAUGCUUACGGAUGAAUACCUGGACGUCGAAUUUGGAAUCUCACCAUUGCGUCCAGUGUGCAUUCAUGAUGCACAGACACGAUGUGAUGACCAUGUCAAUCCCACUAUACAUGGAAAUAUACAUUCAUUCAUGACGUCUAUGUGGGAUAACACGAAGAUUCAAUGCAUCCUAGAUAUCUCCCUUGCUCACAUCAGUAUGCCCGAGGCUCUAAGGAAUUUGGAUCACGGACUUGUGCACGGCUGGAAUCAGACUACCACCUGUGUUCCAAUCCGUUCCUACGUCCAUCCAGACAACUUCACCACAAAGGGAUGGGCUUUGCUACAUCAUGCCGGAUUCCUUACUUAUCCUCAUCACGACGCCGAGGGAACAUUGACCUGGGUGAGGAUGGAGGCCGGAAUAAAGUUCUGGGUGAUUUUCUCGUUGAAAUCUGGAGAGAAAAAUCGCAUUGCCCUACAGGAUCUUUCAGUCAGACUUGCAGAUUAUGCUAGGCAUAAGACAUGGAUUCACAAAAAUUGCGAUGGUGAAGUGCUAACGCUUGUUCCAGGGGAUCUGUUAAUACUUCCUCCUGGCGUGGUACAUGCUGUGUACACGCCAGUACCAUCAUUUUCCACUGGCGGCCACUUUUACCAUUAUUCGUGCAUGCACCUUACGGAAGUCUCAAGAUAUAUCGAUGCUGAAGUUGGGGGAUCUGCGACAAACCAAGCUAUGGAUCACGCGUUAGAGACAUUGCGACGUAUGGUUAUUAUGCUUCCGUAUCUGUCACUGAGAUUAGUGCUUCCGCGAAGGUCUUUGUUAUCUCUUUGCAUGAUGGCUUGCCAAGGCAGGCAAUAUCGUGCCGCUGGAAGCAAUGCAACAUCUGUGGAGGAUACGGAAACCGCAGCUCCAUGCUUUGAUAUAGUUCAGAUUGUUUAUCAAUACCUCGGAAUCACAAAGCGCAAGCGUGCUGGAGAUAUUCUUUACAUAGGUGAUCAGCUUCAUCCUGGUAUUGCAGUUGAUCGUGUGGAGCUACUUCGAUUAUUCAAAGACAAUCUGGACCUAUAG